AUGGCGGCGCCGCCCGGGGGAGCGGGGAUCGUGUGGCAGACGCCGGCCAACCCGCCCGAGCCGCACGACUACAUCAUCCGCAACGGCAAGCACGAGCCACCUGUCUUGGCGGGUGAUAUUUCAAUACUUCAGAAUGAAGUUGAUGUCGUAACUAUUUGCAAACCAGCUUCUGUUCCAGUUCAUCCAUGUGGCCAAUACCGCAAGAAUACUGUAGUUGGGAUUCUGCAGGCUGAGCAUGGGUUAACACCCCUAUUUCCGGUGCAUCGGUUAGAUCGUUUGGUUUCAGGCCUCCUUAUAUUUGCAAAAAAUGCCUACAGAGCUGAAUGUUUCAGGCAACAGAUUGAAGCUGGUCUGCUGCAAAAAGAAUAUGUGGCCAAGGUUGUUGGGGUUUUUCCUGAUGGUGAGCAAACUGUCGAUGCCAAUGUAAAUUUCAAUGCACGGGAAGGAAGGAGUACCGUGGAGAUUAGUGGUGGUGCUGGUGAAGAACCAAAUGGAAAACAAGCACUCACCAGGUUUCAAAGGAUUUGCACUGAUGGGACACACAGUAUUGUCUUGUGCAAACCUGUGACUGGUCGAACUCACCAGAUAAGGGUGCAUCUAAAGCACGCUAGUUAUCCAAUAGCUAAUGAUGAGCUGUACCUAUCGGGGAACUUUUGUCCACGAUCAACAAAAGGAACAAGUGCCAGUAAAGAAAUUGCACCAUCAGAUCCAGGCAAUAGUGCUGUUGAUCAUGGCAGCAAAGAUGCAGAAACAGAUGUGGAGUUUGAUAUCGACCCCAUGUGCACAAACUGUCCAAAUCUUGCACCAGCAGGUUAUGAUGGAGAUGAGGAAGGACUAUGGUUGCAUUGUGUGCGGUACACUGGUCCUGAUUGGAGCUACGAAUGCCCUUAUCCUGACUGGGCGUUCCUUGGUAGCGUGUCAACAAAGAAGAUGAAGUCAUGA